AUGGCGGGAGCGCGGCUGCUGCUGGCGGUUUGGGUGGUCCUGCCAGUGUUUGGGGGGCGAUUUUUUGGGCUAUUUUGGGUAUUUUUGGGUGGGAUUUCGCGCCUCUUCCACUUUAGUUUUGCGGGACAUUUUUUGGGGUGUUCCCGAAGCUCACCCCGCUCUCCCCCAGACCCCUGGGGGGUGCUGCAGGAUUUCUGGGGGCCCUCCCGGGAGCCCCCCCGGUGCGAGCUCAGCCCCACGGCGCCGCUGCUGCCGCCCCCGGCAGGGUCCCCGCAGUGUCACCCGGGGCUGGGGGCGCGCUGGUGGCUGCUGGCCCUGGGGACAGCGGAGAGGGAGGGGACAGCGCUGCUGCGCCAGGGGCCCGGGGAGCCCCCCGGCCUCAACGUGUCCGUGUUCAUCUCCACGCUGACCCCCAGCCUGCGGGGGCUGCUGGGCGCCCCCCAGACCCUGCACUGCUCCUUCGGCCCCGCCGGGGGCCCCUUCGCGCUGCGCUGGCUGCGCCACGGCCGCGCCGGCACCCGCCGCCUGCUGGCCUUCGACUCGGCCGCCCCCCGCGCCACCGCGGCCGCGCCGGGGACGCUGCUGCUGCUGGGGGGACACGGGGACACCGCCGGGGCACCGCCGCCGGGGGGCGCCAUGGAGGUGUCGCUGCAGCUGCCGCCGCUCUCGGUGUCUGACGACGGCUCCUUCGUCUGCUCCGUGACCACGCCCCAUGGGCAGGUGCAGCAGGUGCUGCGGAUGAACGUGAUUGCCCCUCCCCGGGGGUCCCCGGUGCCCCCCCGGCUGUCCCCCGGUCCCCAGCUCACUGUCCCCAAAUAA